AUAUAUAUAUAUAUAUAUAUAUAACUAAAAUAUAUAUAUAUAUAUAUAUGUAAAUUUUUUUCUUUUUUCUAGGUCAACACCUCUUGAAAAAUGAGACAGAAGAGUCUGUUAUUCAGUUUAAUGGUGCUAUGCAUGAUUGUAUGUUUAAAGAGGGCCAACAGUAAGAAUAUUUUAAACAUAGCAUGGCCUGGUUACAGUCACGUAAAUCCAAUGAUUUCUAUUGCGAAAGAAUUAUCAAAGUAUGGUCAUAAUAACUAUUUUAUACUAAACAAAAAACUCACUAAAACUUUCAAAACGAACAGAACAUAAAUAUACUUCCAAUGGAUGAGAUCCCAGAAAUUGAAGAAAUUCGCACUAGUUCAGAGAAACAAGUAUCAGGAAAAUUAUACAUGAUGAAAAACGCCUUAACUUUAUUCCUUGUAGUGUGCGAGAGAUUUUUAACGAAUGAAAAAUGGAUUGAAAUGUUGAGAGCAGUGAAUGCUAGUUUAGCUGUUAUUAAUGGACCAUUUCCGACAAAUUGUCUUACAACAAUUGCCUAUCAAUUACCAAUUCCGUUUGUUCUGACAGGAUGUGAGAUAUUUCCUAGUCUUCAUCCUAUUCCAUGAAACCCCAGUGUUUUUCCAAACAGCUUACUCUCAUCCUCCGAUAAGAUGACAUAUCCGGAAAAGUUAAUAAGUACUUUGGUUGCUAUUGUAGACUACAGUAUUCCUCCUAUUGGAGCGCCUAUACACAGCGUCAAAACAUAUGCGAAGGACAAACCUGAUAUUUCAUUCAUAGAUUUGCUAUAUCAGGCAAAAUUUUAUCUUAUUGAAAAAGAUGUACUUCUAGAUUAUCCACUACCACAACUUCCAAAUGUAAGAUACGUUGGUGGUCUGGCUACAAAACGCUCAUUGCCUUUGAAGGGAGAAUUAGUGAAAUUCGUAAAUGCAUCUAAGAAUGGAAUAGUUGUGGUGUCAUUUGGCAGUAAUAUCAAUGAUUUCCCUGCUGUUCAAUUAAAGAAACUACAAAGUGCAUUGAAACAAAUAAAAUAUGAUGUUGUGUGGAGACAGAAGAAAACAUCAUUUUCUCAUAAGAAUAUUUAUAUCAGUGAUUGGGUACCACAAAAUGAUCUACUUGGCCAUCCUAAAACAAAAUUAUUUGUUACUCAUUGUGGAAAUAGCGGUCAGUUUGAAGCUUUGUUCCAUGGUGUACCAAUGCUGGGAAUGCCUUUAUUUGGAGACCAACAUUAUAACUCUCGCAGAAUGACCGAGAAAGGAUACGGAUUGUCUCUAGAUAUAGAGAACUUCACUCCGGAGGAAUUAAUAGAGAAAAUGAAUGAACUAAUUGAAAACAAAACAUAUUCUGAGAAAAUUAAAAGAGCUAGUGAAAUAUUUCAUUCUCGGCCCGAAUAUCCAGCGAAGAAAUCAGCCCGCCAUAUUGAUCACAUCUUGAAAUAUGGUGGAGAAUAUCUAAAAUCUCCAUGUCAAGAGAGUCUAUUGUAUGAAUUUUUAAUGAUCGAUGUAUUAUUUUUUAUAUAUUUAAUACUAGCAGAGAUACCCGGCGUUGCCCGGUUACAUUCAAUUGAAGAAUUAGACCUUUCCGUUAUAUUUUCUGUAAUGAAGUGGAAUAUCUAUGAUUCUAAUUUCAUCAAAAUUGUAAUCGUGCCACAUGUAUCCUAUACUACUUAUUUUUAUGUGCUUAUUCCAAAAUCCCAGUCUUAUUGAACCCGUUAAAAAGAUUUUGCUCCUGAAAAAUGAAGGUCAUGGAGCUCUAAAAUGUGAGAGUUAAGGUCCCUGUUGGGGGUGGGCAUCUUAAUGUCAACCAGAGAAGUUGA